CUGGAGCCUGUGAAUCUGACAGGUUUUGAAGUUAUGAUCAAAGCCAGUGGAUCCCAUGGCCCAGAGGUUCAUUCAAAUCAGUCUCCCUCCUCACACACGCUCCGGACGCAUCGGAGGACGCUGUGCUCCUGAAGAUGCCUUCCUGGGGCUGGAUGCUGCCUCUGGUUCUGGUUCUGGUUCUGGCAGCGCUCGCAGGAGCCGCUGCCGACGGUCAAACGGAGAGGAACUGCUCGGCGUCGCCUCCGUAUCUGCCCAGCACAGCUGUAAAUACCAGCGUCCGGCUGCAGGAGUUACGAGCGCUGAUGUCUCCCCUGGACCUCUCUGCCUACAUCAUCCCCGCCACUGACGCCCACAUGAGCGAGUACAUCUCUCCACGUGACGCCAGACUGGCCUUCAUGACCGGCUUCACUGGCUCCGCAGGCACCGCGGUCGUCACGCCCACCAAGGCCGCUCUGUGGACGGACAGCCGCUACUGGGUGCAGGCCGAGAGGCAGAUGGACUGCAACUGGGAGCUGCAGAGAGACGCGUCCGUCAGCAGCGUGGCGGAGUGGCUCAUCUCCGAGGUCCCACCGGGCAGCGGCAUCGGCUUUGAUCCCUUCCUCUUCUCCCUCAAAACGCGGGAGGACUACGGCUUCGCGCUGAUGUCGAGCAACCACAGCCUCAGCUCCGUCCUCGGCAACCUGGUCGACGGCGUGUGGAAGGAGCGGCCCGCCAUCCCGCCGGACGGCCUCGUCCGCCUGCCCGACAGAGUCACGCAAAGGUCCUGGCAGAUGAAAGUGGAGCACAUACGGAGUGAGAUGGCGGAGAGUCCGUACAAGCCCACAGCUCUACUGCUGUCAGCGCUGGACGAAACUGCCUGGCUGUUCAACAUGCGCGGCGGCGACAUCCCGUACAACCCCUUCUUCUACUCCUACACGCUGCUGACGAUGGACGAGAUCUGGCUCUUCGUCCACGCGCACAGGGUCACGGAGGAGCUGAAGGUGUACCUGAACGCCUCGUGCCACGGGCCCCUCUGCGUGCAGCUGAAGGACUAUGACUCCGUCCUGGGUCAUUUACAAACGUACGUGGCGCCGCCCGGCGUCAAGGUGUGGAUCGGCACCGAGUACACCAACUACGCCCUCUAUGAGACCAUUACACCGGAGGAGAAGCUGAUGACCAGCUCCUACUCGCCCGUGCUGACGACUAAAGCCGUGAAGGACGAGACCGAGCAGCGAAUCUUGCGCGACGCCCACGUGAGGGACGCGGUCGCCGUCAUCCAGCUGCUGACGUGGCUGGAGAAGGCGGUGCCCGGCGGCAAGGAGACGGAGCUGACGGCCGCGAGACACGUGGACGCGUGUCGCAGCAAACAGCAGGACAGCAGAGGCCCGAGCUUCGAGACCAUCUCUGCGAGUGGACCCAACGCCGCACUGGCGCAUUACAGCCCGACGGCAGAAACCAGCAGGCCGUUGACGGUUGAUGAGAUGUACCUGGUGGAUUCUGGCGGCCAGUAUCUCGAUGGGACCACUGACAUCACUCGGACCGUUCACUGGGGAACGCCCACGUCCAUGCAACGGGAGGCCUUCACGCGCGUGCUCAUGGGAAACAUCGAGAUCUCCCGCACCGUUUUUCCGACAGGCACCAGAGGUGUGAGCAUGGAGAUGCUGGGCCGGCGGGCGCUGUGGGAGGUGGGCCUGAACUACGGCCACGGCACGGGCCACGGCGUUGGAAACUACUUCGGAGUCCACGAGUGGCCUGUUGGGUUUCAAGGGAACAACAUUGCCUUCAGGGCCGGCAUGUUCACGUCUAUAGAACCUGGUUAUUAUAAAGCGAAUGACUUCGGGAUCCGGAUCGAAGACGUCGCUGUGAUUGUACCUAAGGAAACAAAGUAUGGUCAUAACUACCUGACCUUUGACACGGUGUCGCUGGUUCCAUAUGACAGAAAGCUGAUUGACACAGCCCUCCUCAGCUCACAACAGCUUGAGUGGUUGAAUAAGUACUACGAGACCAUCCGGCGUCUUGUUGGGCCCGAGCUGGACCGGCAGCAGCUGCGCGAGGAGAACGACUGGAUGCUGAAGAACACCGAGCCCCUCGCGGCUCCCGGAUCGUCCGCGGCCGCCUGUUCGUCCUCUCUGAGUCUCGUGCUUCUGCUCGUCGGGCUCCUUCACAGCGUCGUCUGAACAGCUGCCGCUUUCGCCCUUCGCACAGACACUAACGUUGCUCCUAUGCAGUCUCUACAGAGCAGCCAGUUGAGAGACGCACUGCAAUUUAGGGUUUUUAAUUAAAGGAUAUAUUUGUUUAAUAAAUUAAUAAGUGACAAAAAUGUAGGAUCACGUAUGAAUUAAAGUUUUUAAUUUAUUUUUUGUGAUUUUUCAUGUUUGUUUUUUUUGGGUAUUUGAAACUGGGCAUUUUUAUGACCAACUGAUGUAACAUCUAUUUUAAUAAAGGAAAUAGUUUCAAACUUA